UGUUCAACAAAGUGAGUGAUCCACCAUGGCCUCUUCAAAUUCACCAUGUGCAGCAUGCAAGUUCUUGCGUCGCAAAUGCCAACCCGAGUGUGCUUUUGCACCCUAUUUUCCUCCCGACCAACCCCAGAAGUUUGCAAAUGUUCAUAGAAUUUUUGGGGCCAGCAAUGUCACCAAGCUUCUCAACGAUUUGCACCCUCAUCAACGUGAAGAUGCUGUGAAUUCCCUUGCUUAUGAAGCUGAGAUGAGACUCCGUGACCCUGUGUAUGGCUGUGUUGGAGUCAUAUCACUCUUACAGCACCAACUUCGCCAGCUUCAAAUGGAUCUCUACUGCGCCAAAUCUGAGCUCUCCAGGUACCAAAACCUAAGCAGCAUCACCACCAAUCACACCCUCAUGGCCUCUGAAUCUGCCGCAGCCUUCCACCACCACCACCACCAGAACAACAACACUGCUAACAGCUUUGGCCGAGACCAUCACUACCACUUUCACCACCAUCAGUUUUUUCCCAGAGACCAACACCAACAAGUAGCAAGAAGCUUUGAUGGAGGCAACAACAACUACGAUGCAAGCCUCUUGGCCAUGAACAUAUCUGCCAGCUUAGGGCAACUCAACCAGCUUCAGCAUCAGAGUGCUGCUGGCGGUGGCGAUGACCGCCACACUGCCAACCGCUCCUAGGGUUUCAUCAGGGUUGCCACAUAUAUUUAGUCAUGCAAUAGGUAAUUAAUUACUUUAGUUAAACUUUUCAUUUAAUAUGGUUCAUUUGAUUUGUGGUUUCUUGAUUACCAUCUUCAAAUCAUCUCCACCUGCAUAUUUUGUCACUCACAAUGUAUA